CUAUAAUUGUGAUGUUUGUAAGAUGAUGAUUUUUGAUCUGAAAAUAGAAGAAUAAUUAUAUAUGGCCAAUAUAGAUUUUCCGAUUAAGAUUUGCUUGUAUUUAAUAAAUAUUGUAAAGAAAAGCAGAAAUCGAUGCUUUUGGUAAUUAUUUAAGGAAAGAUAAAUGCAAUAAUGAAUGAAUAAGAAGAUACAAACAAGGCUUUGAGAUAAUUUGAUUUAGGGAACUUGAUGGAACAAGAUAAGUAAAGAGGCUGAGAAAUCAGUAAUUUCAGAACUAAAAAUAGAGGGAACUUAAGAAAAAUCUUUAAAAGCGAUCUUGAUGAGGAUGAUUUUAAAAAAUGCAAUGAAUUAGAUUUAAAUGGGUUUAGAGAUAUUUACAAUAGAAUAAUUAUAAAGUAAUAUGGUAAGUUCAAAAAAUAAUUAGAAGAGAAUGUUUUGAAUUGAAAUAAAAUAGAAAUAAUAAGAAGAUGAAGG